AUGUUGGAACCGAUGCUACGUAUUUCUGGCCAAAUUUAUCAAGUGAGUCUCAAGCGAGCUUGGAGCUUCUUAAUCUGCUCGAAAGUAAUCACUGCUCAUCAGCACUAUAAUCUUCUCUGUUAUCGUAAGGAACGCGAAUGGGUGCAAACGCAAGCUGAAGCCGGUUCUAGACUUUUUGAUGCGAUUUUAGAUGGCAUGGAGGCGGAAGAGCUCGAAUAUUUGGAGUAUGAGAACUCACUUAAAAUGAGGCAAGACAGCGUGACCGACGUGGCCAAUAUGACGGGAUUAGAAGAGAGACUGCGGGCGAUAAGGCUUAGAAAGAGUGUCGAGCGGCCGAAUGAGCAGACGGCAAGAGUAGCAGAGAGAGAUGACGUGCAUGUUAUUACUGAAUCUACAAGAAAUCGUUCUCGGGUGCAUAAGGCUCUGAGGCCUCACCAGAAGAAACUCAGGCAAACGGUUUUGUAUCCCGUUGUCGGUAAAGUCUCCAGUAUGACAGCUAAUACUGGUCAACAGUCUUACAAGUACUAUUUGGCUCCACCAUUCAGUCGUCAACGAUCCCAAGAAGCUAUUGCUAACUUAACUUGUGGAAAAAUUCGCUCGCUUGACCUACCAGCAGGUGUUAUUUCUCAAUUCACGGUGCUAGCAUCACCAAAUACCAACCAGUCACCCUACGGGAUUGAAACUUGCGGCAUUUUAGCCGGUGUAUUGCAUGGUCAAAAGCUGAUUGUUACAACUCUCAUCAUUCCAAAACAAGAGGGAACAUCAGAUAUGUGUAAUAUGACAAACGAAGAAGAGCUGUUUGACUUUUGCUACAACAAUGAGCUGCUCACUCUUGGCUGGAUUCAUACGCAUCCCAAGCAGGCUUGUUUUCUGUCAUCUGUCGAUGUUCACACCCAGUGUGGAUUUCAGUCGAUUUUACCUGAGGCUGUCGCAAUUGUCGUUGCCCCAAGCGAUCCAAAUAGAAAUGUCGGAGUGUUUAGGUUGACAGAGCCCAGCGGACUCCAGCUCAUUCAAAAUUGCAACAUGACGGGUUUUCACGCUCAUCCUAGUGAUAUUAAAAUCUACUCAGACGCAUUUGAAUGCAAUUGGAUGGAACAAGUCUCGGCGCAAUUAGUUGAUAUGCGGUAA